AUACUAACCACCAGUAUAUAUCCGUUUCGUUUGCGCCCUACCACUCUUGUGGAUAAGGCUCUCUCCCGCCAUUCUUAAUUACGCCGCCGCCGCCGCCGCCGCUAACCUGCUUCGUACGCCUCACCGCCGGCGGCCGCCGCCGGGGAGGAGAGGAGAGGACCCCUCCCGAUGACCAGCCCGGCGCCGACGACGUGGACCAGGGAGGACGACAAGGCGUUCGAGAACGCGCUCGCGUCGGGCGCGGCGCCGCCCGCGGAGGGCGCGCCGGGCGACGCGUGGUUCGCGGCGCUCGCGGCGAGCGUGCCCGGGGCGAGGUCGGCGGAGGAGGUGCGGCGGCACUACGAGGCGCUGGUGGAGGAUGUGGCCGCUAUCGACGCCGGCCGCGUCCCGCUCCCGCGCUACGCCGGGGAGGAGUCCGCCGCGCCGGCCGACGGAGGAGCAGCCGCCGCCGGCGGGACGAAGGACGGCGGCGGAGGCGGCAGUCACCGGCGUGAGGAGCGGAAGAGCGGCGGUGGCUACGACGGCGGCAAGAGCUGCUCCAAGGCGGAGCAGGAGAGGCGCAAGGGCAUCCCAUGGACAGAGGAAGAGCACAGGCUGUUCUUGCUGGGGCUGGACAAGUUCGGCAAGGGCGACUGGCGGAGCAUCUCGCGCAACUUCGUCAUCUCGCGGACGCCGACGCAGGUGGCGAGCCACGCGCAGAAGUACUUCAUCCGCCUCAACUCCAUGAACCGCGACCGCCGCCGCUCCAGCAUCCACGACAUCACCAGCGUCACCGCCGGCGAGGUGGCGGCGCAGCAGGGCCCGAUCACCGGCCAGGCCACGGGCAGCCCCGCCGCCGCCCUCGGCCCCGCAGGCAUGAAGCACCCCUCGGCCGGCCCGCCCAUGCCCAUGUACGGCGCCGCGCCCAUGGGCCACCCCGUCGCCGCCGGCCACAUGGUCCCCGCCGCCGUCGGCACCCCGGUGAUGUUCCCGCCGGGCCACGCCCCCUACGUCGUGCCCGUCGGCUACCCUGCGCCCCCGGCCAAGAUGCACCAAUGAGCACCAUUUCUUGAUGAAUCUUGAUUUGUUCUUCAUAUAGCCGCGCGCCAUGGUCGCCGCCGCCGCCGUCGUCGUCGUCGUCGUCGCCGUCCCUAACCAUCUUCUUCCUCCUCCUCCCGCUGAUGUAAACAUAGAUGACAAAGAGUGCAGAAUUGGGGCGGAUUAAAGGCGAAUAAUUAAGCGAAGUAAUUUUGUGCUGACUGUUGCAAGUGAUUAUCAUAUAUAGGUUCGUGAUGAUCACGUACACCCGGUGAAGGCUUAGCUCCAAAAUGUGGAUGUAAUUAGCAGCGGCCUCCUGCGGUGGGCGUGCCGAUCGGAUUGAUGAUCGAUGAUGAUCUUGCAGCGUUGCAAUUUAGGGAUUGGUUUCCGUUUUGCUGAUGUAAAUUAAUCACCAACUGUUUCAUUGGACCCAAAGAUAUAUACAUGUAUUGAUCUCUGCCAAA